AUAUGCUAUACCACUAAACAUUCAAAAUCCAAAUUUAACCUCAUCUUCCUAAUUAAACAAACCAUAACGAAAACACCUCCCCAGCAAAACUCCCCUCCAAAACUAAAAACCACCUCUCAAUGUCAAUUUUCUUCUCCUGACCGCCACUCCAACCGCCGGAGUUCACCACCACAACAACAGCAACAUUUAUUAUGAACAUAUAAUGGCAUCAUUAGCUCAUCGUGUUAUGAUCAAAAGAUAGAUUUUUAUUUAUCUUUUGGAUUUUGGACACGGUGAGAUUAUAUUAAAAAACAUGAACAUGAUGCCAACAGCAGCCUCUUGUGUUGAAGAAUUGAAACAAUUGAAGGACAUUUUCACCCGAUUCGACAUGGAUUCCGAUGGUAGCCUCACCAUUUUAGAGCUUGGAGCAUUGUUUAGGUCCCUAGGGCUCAAGCCUUCUGGUGAUCAAAUUCAUGUGCUCUUAUCUAACAUGGAUUCUAAUGGCAAUGGCUUCAUAGAAUUUGAUGAAUUAGUCAGUGCCAUAUUGCCUGACAUGAAUGAGCAGCUGGUUAUAAAUCAAGAGCAACUUUUGUAUGUGUUUCAGUUGUUUGAUCGUGAUGGUAAUGGCUACAUUACCGCAGCGGAGCUCGCGGGGUCCAUGGCGAAAAUGGGUCAGCCAUUAACGUAUACGGAGCUUAAGGAGAUGAUCGAGGAGGCGGAUACGGAUGGUGAUGGUGUUAUUAGCUUCAAUGAAUUUGCUUCUGUAAUGGCACAGUCUGCCAUGGAAUUCUUAGGCCUGGCUACGUCAUCACUAAGUGAUGGUAUGUUGUGAUAGGCAAAUAAUCAUCAUUAUCAUUGUUAAUAAUGUCAUUGAUUUGCUUGCUAACCUUAGAUUUUAGGGUUUAACAGGCUUGUUCAUAUAGGCAUCUGUUGGUGUUGGGGAGAUUCUCCAAGUGUUGGGUCUAAAAAAUUUGAUGUUCAUGAUUAAGAUUGAGCGAAGAGGAAAGAGGGAAAAGGGAGGGGAAAAUUAAAAUUGGGGUUCCAGUUGUAUCUUGGAAGCUUGUUCUCAAUCAUUCAUUUAUGUGUUGAUAAAUAAAUUCC